GGAACACCAGUCGCAAGGGAGUGACGCUUUUCUGUCGCCCAAUCAUCUGGCUGUCGUGGGUCUAACUCCGCCCCUUUAGUACCGUUCUGUACUAUUACCCUGGCACCCCAAGUGAAGGGUAUCGAAACAUGGGACGGUUGGGUCCGGUUUUUUUGGUACUAUUCUUAGUUGAAGCGCUAAAAAAUACAUAUUGUACAGGACCGAACCAAACCGUUCCACUCGGUGGAAACACAGACCAUCUGUACAGGCUGGUGUCAUCCUUGCCGAUCAGAAUGACUGACACGGCUGUGAAGCAGGUGGUCAGUGACAUAAUUCGCUCUCCUGAGGACAAGCGGGUCUACAGAGGUUUGGAGUUCACCAAUGGCCUUAAGGCCAUGCUCAUCAGUGACCCAACAACAGACAAAUCUUCAGCUGCAUUGGAUGUCCACAUAGGUUCAUUAUCAGACCCAGGGAAUAUCUCUGGUUUGGCACACUUUUGUGAACACAUGCUGUUCUUGGGAACAAAGAAGUAUCCCAAGGAGAAUGAAUACAGCCAGUUCCUCAGUGAGCAUGCAGGUAGCUCCAACGCCUUUACCAGUGGAGAGCAUACCAACUACUUUUUUGAUGUGUCCCAUGAGCACUUGGAAGGAGCACUCGACAGGUUUGCCCAGUUUUUCCUGUGCCCACUGUUUGAUGAGAGCUGUAAGGAUCGAGAGGUGAAUGCUGUGGACUCUGAACAUGAGAAGAACCUUAUGAAUGAUGCCUGGAGGCUGUUUCAGUUGGAGAAGGCCACUGGCAACCCAAAUCACCCCUUCAGUAAAUUUGGAACAGGUAACAAAUUGACCCUUGAGACCAGACCAUCCAAGGAUGGGAUUGACAUCCGCCAGGAGCUUCUACAAUUUCACUCUACAUAUUAUUCCUCUAACCUCAUGGGAUUGUGUGUGUUAGGUAGAGAAUCAUUAGAUGAUUUGACCUCCAUGGUGGUAAAGUUGUUUGCAGAAGUGGAGAAUAAAAGCGUGCCUGUCCCAGAAUUCCCUGAGCAUCCCUUCCAGGAGGAACACCUCAAGCAAUUCUACAAAGUGGUGCCGAUCAAAGACAUCAGGAACCUCUAUGUGACCUUUCCCAUCCCAGACCUACAGAAGUAUUAUAAGUCUAACCCAGGACAUUAUCUAGGACAUUUGAUUGGCCAUGAAGGACCUGGGAGUUUGCUGUCUGAGUUGAAAUCUAAAGGCUGGGUGAACACACUUGUUGGGGGACAAAAAGAAGGAGCCAGAGGAUUCAUGUUCUUCAUCAUCAAUGUCGACUUAACUGAAGAGGGCCUCCUGCACGUGGAGGACAUCAUCUUCCACAUGUUCCAAUACAUCCAGAAACUGCGCACUGAGGGGCCUCAGGAGUGGGUGUUUGAUGAAUGCAAGGAUUUAAACAAAGUGGCCUUCAGAUUCAAGGACAAGGAGCGACCUCGUGGCUAUACUUCCAAAGUGGCUGGUUUACUACACUACUACCCACUUGAAGAGGUCCUUGCAGCAGAGUACCUUUUGGAGGACUUCAGACCAGAUCUGAUUGAGAUGGUGCUUGAUAAACUGAGACCAGAAUUUGUCAGAGUGGCAGUUGUGUCAAAGUCAUUUGAAGGGAAAACAGACAAGGCAGAAGAAUGGUAUGGCACACAGUACAAACAGGAGGGGAUCUCUGAAGAAACCAUUAAGAAAUGGCAAAACGCAGACCUCAAUGGCAAGUUCAAGUUACCCAUGAAAAAUGAGUUCAUCCCAACCAAGUUUGAGAUUUACCCUCUCGAGAAAGACUCUCCCUCAGUUCCCACUUUAAUCAAGGACACUGCUAUGAGCAAGGUGUGGUUCAAGCAGGAUGACAAGUUUUUCCUGCCUAAGGCUUGCCUGAACUUCGAGUUCUUCAGUCGCUACCUAUACACCGAUCCCCUGCACUGCAACAUGACCUACUUGUUACUCAGGUUACUGAAGGAUGAUUUAAAAGAGUAUACAUAUGCAGCCCGCCUGGCAGGGUUGGUGUAUGGCGUAGCCUCAGGGAUGAAUGCCAUCCUACUGUCUGUUAAAGGUUACAAUGACAAACAGCACAUCUUGCUGAAGAAGAUCAUUGAGAAGAUGGCCACCUUUGAAAUAGAUGAGAAGCGAUUUGACAUCAUCAAGGAAGCGUACAUGAGGUCUUUGAAUAACUUCAGGGCUGAGCAACCUCACCAGCACGCCAUGUACUACCUCCGUCUACUAAUGACUGAGGUUGCUUGGACCAAAGAUGAGCUCAGAGAGGCUCUGGAUGAUGUCACUCUCCCACGUCUCAAAGCCUUCAUACCUCAGCUAUUGUCACGGUUACAUAUCGAAGCACUUCUCCAUGGCAACAUCACCAAGGAGUCUGCUCUUGGCAUGAUGCAAAUGGUGGAGGACAAGCUAAUUGAGUACGCUCACACAAAGCCCCUUCUUCCAAGCCAACUGAUUCGCUACAGAGAGGUGCAGAUUCCAGACGGUGGCUGGUAUGUUUAUCAGCAGAGGAACGAGGUGCACAACAACUGCGGCAUUGAGAUCUACUACCAGACAGACAUGCAGACCACGCACGACAACAUGCUGCUGGAGCUCUUCUGCCAGAUUAUCUCUGAGCCCUGCUUCAACACGCUGAGAACCAAAGAACAGCUGGGCUACAUUGUGUUCAGCGGGCCACGCCGGGCUAACGGAGUUCAGGGACUGCGCUUUAUCAUCCAGUCGGAGAAAGCGCCCCACUACCUGGAGAGCCGCGUGGAGGCUUUCCUCUGCACUAUGGAGACGGCCGUGAAGGAGAUGAGCGACGAAGCGUUCCAGAAACACAUCCAGGCCCUCGCCAUCCGCCGCCUGGACAAGCCGAAGAAACUUUCAGCUGAGUGUGCCAAGUACUGGGGAGAGAUCAUCUCUCAGCAGUAUAACUUUGACAGAGAUAAUAUUGAAGUGGCAUAUCUGAAGACUUUGACGAAAGAAAAUGUAAUCGAAUUCUACAAAGAGCGGCUGACAGUCGGAGCCCCAAAGAGACACAAGGUGUCCGUACAUGUCCUCUCCAGGGAGAUGGACUCCUGUCCAGCAGUGGGAGAGUUCCCCGCUCAGAAUGAUGUCAACCUGGCCCCCGCUCCUUCCCUGCCACAGCCCACGUUGGUUCAGGACAUGACUGAGUUUAAGAGGAGUCUGCCUCUGUUCCCGCUGGUCAAACCUCACAUCAACUUCAUGGCUGCUAAACUGUGAGUGAGGCUGACAGGCGGAGACGCUGCAGCGCAGGGAGGCACAGAGGAAGGACACUGCUCCUCCUCCCAACAACACCCUUCAA